GUUGACAUUGGCAUGGACGCAUGAAACGAAAGAUGAAUAUCAGGACAGUACUCGAAGUUCUCUGUGUGUUUGCGUGUCUAGAUCUAAGACUUACUGAAUGCAAAAAGAAGGAGGACGAUGCAUUUAAUGUCGGUAUAAAUGAUACACCCGAUUUUCAGGCAUCAAAACCUGUCAGAUACCUGUUGUACAAUGUGAAUCCCGGUGAGGGAUUUAACCUGAGGAGGGAUGUCUACAUACGUGUGGCAAAUCUUGUCAAACUUCUAAACGAUGAUGAACCAUGGGCACUGGUGUUGCCACCCUGGGGCAGGAUCUACCACUGGCAGACAAGGGAGAUAAGUCAGAUAAAGCUUCCUUGGUCCCUCUUCUUCGACCUUGAAAGCCUAAGGAGACACAUACCUGUCCUGGAGUUUGAGGAGUUUUUAGCAGUGAGUGAAAAGCCUAUGAUAGAGGAGGUUUACUACCUACAAAGAUACAAGGAGGGCUGGACCAAAUGGGAAGAGAAGAUGGACAUUCGUGAGUGUCUGGACAAACAUGGCUAUUCCAAGGGUAAAGACAGUCGCUGGCAUCACUGGUUCUUCGGGUACGGAGAUGACGUCUACGCCAACAAGUUUGAAUGCAUGUCAUACAUGGGACAUGCAGGCUUUAUCAAACCUUUUCUUAUGCACAAUUCAUCAGCCAGGUCUGUAUUCCUGGACAGGGCUGAGUCACUCAUCCAUGGCCAGUACAGUGAGUGGUCUCCCCUUUACUGGAGUGGCAGGAGAAGUAUGGUAUUUGCCAAACAUCUGAGGGACAUUGGAGACAAUUUCCGGGAGAAAUAUCUCGGCUCUACAGACAAGAAGGAUAAAACUGUACUGGAUGACUGGACAAAAAUGAAUAAAAAGCAUGGUGAUGCGAAAGGUGGCCCGUACUUAGCUAUCCAUCUGAGACGGAAGGACUAUCUGUAUGCCCAUGGAGAGGAGAUCCCCAGUAUCCAGUAUGUACCUAAGAAGGUCAAGUCCAUACUGGAAAAACACAAACUCAAAAAAGUCUUUGUAGCCACAGAUUCUCCAGAUGCAGAGUUUGAAUACCUAAAACAGGAGUUCGGUGAAAAAGUCGAGGUUUACCGUUUUAAACCCACUCCAGAGGAACAUGAGAAAUACAAGGAUGGCGGAGUGGCCAUCAUUGACCAGUGGAUCUGUGCUCAUGCCAGGUAUUUCAUUGGGAGUUAUGUGUCAACAUUUUCAUUCCGAAUUCAAGAAGAGCGAGAGAUUUUAGGAUUUGAGCCGGAGAUGACAUUCAAUAGACUCUGUAACGACGAUAAUGAUACUUGUGAACAACCUUCGAAAUGGACCAUCAAAUACUGAAAAUGUAUUCACGAAUAUCUUUCAACUUCCAAGUUGUUCAAAAUAAUGUUUAGCUGAAUGACAGAGUAGAAAUCAUCUAUUGAUGGUAUUUUCAUAACAUUAGUUCAUAAAAUUAAUACAUUUAUGGUUUGGGGAUCUAUAUGCUACUAGCCACAAAAUACCUUUGUAAGCAUGAUAAACCUUCACUAAAAUAUGGUAUAUAAGGCUUUAAUGUUGCAGGGAUACAAGAAUUUAAUUUUCACAAGCACCACGAAUAAUCAGUUGACUACACAAACUCAAAAAAGGGCAAAUGCUUUAAUUUGUGUUGUUUAUAUUUCUUGUAUCUUUUCAGGCCAUGAAUAAAGCCAUAAUAAAACCUCCAAAAAAUAUUUAAAUAAUAUGUAGCUAUUGAGCCUUUAAAGAAAUUGUUCAUGUUUAUGCAGUGUCAAACAAAUUCACGUUUUUGAAAAAUCAAAAGCACAAAAUACAGAGCGAUCCAUCAAAUUGAUGACAUGUAUGUUGAUUUGGCUGUGGAUAGUCUAGCUUUUUGGCCUGUGUAUAUAUUUUGCUAUGAUUGCCAUAGAACUAUGUCACAACCUUACCCAUUGAAACUUCUUUCAUUACAGUUAUUGUAUAUUAAAAAGGAUAACGAUUUAACAUUACUUGUAUUAUUUUGUAAUGCCCGUAGGAAAAUCUCAUCAUGGCUUCGCAUUUAGAAUUUAAAGUAGGAAAGAUGUAGUGGUCACUUUGUUGGUUUAUCUGUCUGUGUGUCUGCUAACACAUUUUCAACUAGGCCAAUAACUAAUGAUCAUGUCAAGAUUUCUUUAUGAAACUUCGUAGAAACGUUCUUCAUUAUUGUGUUGCCUAAACUCCCAGAUCUGUAACCGAAAUGUCAAGGUCAUUGACUUUGCUUAAGGGUCAAGUAAUUUUUUUAACUUCUGAUCGACACACAAUUUUGUAUUGAAAUUUCCUAGGUGUUUAUCCUGACAGACAAACUGCGUAAAUCUCUCAGGUCUGUAUCUCAGAGGUCAAGGUCAUGGCAAGUGGUCAAAGGUUAGAUAAUUGUCCGAGAUGUUCUUGAUUGAUACAAAUUUUUGUUGUGAAAAAAAGCUGCUGUGAAAGUGGGAAUGAUACAUUUACUGUGAUUUCAUUGCUGUGAAGUUUGGACAUUAACCAGAUGUGUGCUUUUUUUUAAUCAGAAAUCAACAAUACUGUUCAAAUAAUUUUAGUAUGAUUAAAGAUUCAGAAAGUUAUAAGUAAUGUAUAUUUUGUAUAUUUUUUUUUUGUAUUUCAUCUUCUGCCCCAGGUGAAAAAACUCAUGAUUUUUUUAAUAAACCUAAUUGCAAUUUUUGUUUUGGGGGCCUAAGAUGCUUUGUUUAAAGAUUUUUUCAAAAUACUUCGGAAUCAAUUUGUUUGUAAACCAAAGAGCAUACGCAUGUUUUAUUUAUUAUUCUUGAGUCAGAUCUGUUUUCAAUAUACAAUGUAGCUAUAGCCUGAAGUUUGUUGAAAUUCUUUUUAAAAAAAGUUGGCGAAAUAUUCAGAAAAAUAUAUGUAUAAUGAAGUUCUGUACGUAAAGUAGAACGAUGCCGAAUAUUUAGUCCAUGUCACUAAAAAGGUUACAUAUCAAAGAUGAAAAAGUCAAUUUUUUUUCAUAGUGUCAAUGUUAAGACUGCCAUGUUUAUUUCCUCAACUGAAAACAUUUGAAGGCCAUGACAUCUAUCUUUCAUAAAUUUAAAUUGUUAGCGUCAAACCUCUUUUGAAGUUUAGUUUAAAAAAUGUCCUUCUGUAACCAAACAUGGUACAGCUUGAAGGUAAGCGAUACACACUUGCUGCACUUUUCCUUUUUUUUUUUUUUUAAACAAAAAUUAAUUUGUGCCACCUUCCUUAAAAAAAUAACUUCAGACUUCUGAUUAAAUAACUGGUUGUAUUUUGUGUUCCUUUUAUUUUUAGAUGGUUUUAUCUUUAUGUUUCAUUCAUUUUUGAUUUUAUAGAUAUCUAGAAUACAUGUGUUGACACUUUUUGAUUGCUUGAAUUAUUGAGUUCAUUGUGCUGUUACUUAUUUUCAUGCUGUUAAUGAAGUUUGAAUUGUCUUAUACUUACUGUAGAAACAAUAUUAAUUGCUAAAUGAAAAUGCUUCCAAGUCAACACUUUUAUAUAUAUACUUAUAUAUGGGACGGUCAAAUCAAGAGUCUAUAUAAAGUAAAAGAUUUGUUUCCUUGCUGAGUAAAAAAGUAUAUCUAAAUCACAUAGAGAUUUGGCAAAACAAAAUCCCUUUGUUUCUUAGGUAGUAAAAUGAUGCAUUUUCUGACACUGAUUUUGUUUAGCAGAAGUGCUUGCCAGAUGGUUUUGUUUGAAUGUCCAAUACUCCACUUUCAUUUCAAGUGAUAUUUCUGUUUAUUUCAUUGAGGUACAGUUGCUAAGUUUUCCCAGGAAUACAUUUUUGCCCAAAAUUUUAAGGUUGCAGGAUGUUCAUAAAUUCAAAAAAUAAAAUAAAAAAUUAUGUACUUUCGGGAAAAAUAUUACAAACCAUUUGAGUAUAGCACUACAUUUUUAAGUUGACAUUGAGUAGUUAGUGUUGUCAGUCUUAAAGUAUGAAAUACAUCCUGGCUGAUUCAAGUUCAAGUUUCGAUGAUAACCUCAAACAAAUAAGUAGGAUAAAACAGAACUGUUCAUUUGAGAGAUUAAUGCAUUGCAAAUGUAAUUUCAAGACACAAAUUUACCUUGUCUGUAAAUAUAAAAACUAAGUUGUUCUGAUCAAUCAAUCAAAUAUUAAAGAAGGAAUAACAUUUGUGUGUGGAUAAAUUUCAUGUACAAUAAAUAUAAAAUAUAUAUAUUAAUGUAUACCAUAAAAUUCAUAAUGCUAUUUACAUAGAGAAAAGGGUAUAAUUAUGAGGUAAUUAAGGAAACUGUAUACAUGACUAUAAGUAAUCCAAUGCCACAGACAUUUGUGUUCACGAUAUUUUUAUAAAAUCACAUUAAUAUUUAUACAGAUUAUGCAUUUAUAUGACUUUCACAAGUGACGUUUAUGUGCUAGAGACAGCGGUUUGUCUCCCCUUACACAUAUACAAAAUUCAAUGUACAGUACAUAUCACCAGUGCUUACAUCAUAAUAUUAUAUUUUAUAGCUGUAUUUACCAAAAUAAUUGCUAGGUUUGAAAGUAUUGUACACAAGAAUAUUCUUCUUAUUAUUACUGUUCUUUUUUCUUUCUUUUUUUAAAGAAUUCAAAAAUUUUGAAUUUUGAAUCCAAAGGAUUUCUCAUGUAAGAAUUUUGUUGGAAAUAUCUACUAUACACCUUAUGACAUAAUUGUGAUUGUAAAAUAGAAAACAUUGAUUUUUAUGUAUCACAUAGUGGACUUACGGUCAAACGGUUCUAAAGACUAUGCAAAAGAUUGUGAUAUAAAUGUCACUACAUGUAUUAGAUAAGUCUCUUAAUUAUGGAAAUUAUUACAAAUCAAUAAUAAUAGAUAUCACCCUCCCAAGGGCUUUCAUUCCUGUUUUGACUAAAGCAUUUCAAAUUAAUAUGCUAGUUCCCACCAGUGAUGGAUGGUUUCAAAUGAAAUCUGCUAUUUUAGUAUUUUUGGGGAAAAUAAUGAAGUGCAUACACCAAUUUUCAUAGCAUAUGUUAUAAUGUUCAUUCAUAAUACUUAUUUUAUAAUACAAAAAUGUAGACUUUAUUUGAAAAUAUUAGUUCGAAAGAGAACUUGAAAUAGGAAAUGUAGGUAACUGAAGCGUUACAGGAAAAAAUAUUUUAAUAACUAUUUUGUAUAAACUGGAAAACUUUUGAAUGCAUGCCCCAAGCAAAAAUAAAGUUCACCAGUUAUUUCCCUUUAUUUUGCUAAAAUUAUUUCAAUUAUUUUUUAAUUGUGGAAAUUAGGAUAUUUAUCAAUGAUCCUAUUGUGUUACACAAGAAUGAAUAAAAUAAACUUAAAAGGUUAUGUAUUUAUUAGAAAUAUUCAUUGUGAUCUUAAAUAAUGUUUUAACAAAUAUUACCGAUUGGAGAGCUUACGGAAUCAGUUAUUAUCUGAUUAAUGGUGAAAGGUACUAUAGUACUGACAGUAAUCAAUUUCAGUCUAUUGUUGGUGAAAUGUGUUGUUCUUGUUUUGAUAUCAGAGUGCUAUGUAAGCUAGAUUAUAUAUGAAUUCCAGAUGACCUCAUGACAUGUUUUGAGAAUGGUUGAGUAAGUAUUUAUUUUCAAUAUGCAGAUGUACAUUUAGCUUACAAAAAGCAUUUGUGAAAGUGACCAAUGUCAUUAAUAAUUUCAUAAUCAGAGGUUACUGUAAUGACUUUAUGUAAAUUGUACAAUACUAUGCAAUAUGUGGCAGUUAUUUGUUGUUAAAUCUAGUUAGAUAUGUUAGAUAGAGAGUUGUUAGGUGUUGGAGAUGUUUCCAGCGCAGCAUGCUGAGUUUACACAUAGGUUAUUAUCAUGUUCAAAGCCUGGAUCUAUCCAUUAAUCUUCGCUUAGUUAGCUAUCUGCUCGGUGAAAUUUUCAUUUCUUUAUUAUUUUUUUAAAAUAUGAACAGAAAUACAAGUCUAAUUGUGUUUAUUAUCUGAAUAUGAUACUUUUGAAUUCCAGGACAUGUGCAGUUAGUUUAAUUUUGAUAACUUUGCAAAUAUUAACGAUUCAAAAUUCACUCUCAUGAGACAAAGCUCAGUUCAAUCCAGUCCUGAUUAACAGUAAAUGAUAAUUCACCAGUCAUUAACUUUAAAUUUCCGAAGCAAGUUUUUGAAAACAAAUGUUCAAGUAAUGUCAAAAAUAUUGUUAUGUUUUUGACAUCAGAUGAUCCUUUAAGAUGUUUUGGCAUGUAAAAUUAAUUUCGAAUUCCGCCAUAUUUUGAACAUGCAUUUAUUUUUUUGUUAGAUAACCAGGCAUACAUGUAUGUAGCCAGGCUUUGGACAUUGGAGACCAACGAGUUCACACACGUUCACGUUACGUUCUGUUUUUCAGUGUUUACUAACAGUUUGAAAAUAAAUCACUUUUACGUCGAA